AUGGCUCCGCCUAUACUUCCAAGCGACGUCUUACAUGUUCUUUGCGAGGAGUUAGCAAGUCAGGAACAGUUUGAUACGCUAUUCAACUGCGCUUGCGCUGGUCGUGACCUUGCUGUGCCUGCAUUGACCCAUCUCUAUCGGUCUCACCAUGAUGCCCCAGUUCGAGGUGGUGGCGAGGAUUCCCAUGGCUUGUCUAUUGCUACAAAACUCUUGACGAUUCAGAGAUGGUCUAUCUUGUGGAAAUCAAUCGUUGCGUCUAGUCUUGGUGCGACCUUGUUCCCAUACUGUCGUUAUAUCAGGACACUCGACUUCCGCGAUCUUGGUUACCUGCUCGACGAGGAGCAAUUCAUGAGUAAGGUCGCCAAACAAUUCUUUACCGGUCCUCUGAAGCAGUUCGAGAAGAUAGAAACCCGGACGAACAUCAAGGGGAGGAAGUACGUUCUGUUGAAGAUCGCCGAUAUCAUCGAUGCUAUCGGAGAAGUGGUGACUCAACACACACCCACCCUCGAAACAAUCAGCGGCGAACUUCUUUCGGAUGCGCUUAUGCGAUGGGCGCCACGUCUCCCUCGUCUGCAAAGUCUAGAGCUCUGGGAUGGCAAACCACUAGAGGAUGAGCUGAUGCAUGCGUCCAUGUACGAACAUUGCCCGCAGUUCAAAUCGCUGACAAUUUACAAAUGGUCAUCGGAAAAUCGCGACCACAAAUUCUCGAGAUUUAUCGCAUCGAUGCGACCGAACUCCCUCAAAAAGCUUGUCACUAUCAGUGACGUGGGCGCCGGCGCUGAGACGUUCCUCGCUCUCAACCAUCAUGGCAAAUCUCUCGAACAUCUCAAGAUUUGUGUGUCGAAUGACUCACUUCCACACUUGCCUUUACUGCAAAGCUGCACUGCAGUGAAGAUCUUGCGCAUCGAGGACACACACGGAGUGCUCGACUUAGAAGGUACCCAAAACGAUGCCUUUCUGGAGAUGAUCGCCUGGUUGAGCAAGUGCGCAAGUCUUCAACAUGUCGGUUUUACUAGACUCCAAUCUGGCGCAGCAAUUAUCACGCCAGUACUACUGGAGCACAACAUCCAACUUAGCAACCUGGAAAUCGACUCCUACGUACUAAAGGACCACAAGACCUUCCACCAAGCACUUGUUCACCAACGAACCUCAUUGAGAUACCUAUCGCUCAGCGGGGAGACCGACGGCAUGUUCAGGGACGAUCUCGACAUUCUCGUAGACUCGCUGAGACAACUAACCGAAUUACGGAAGCUCUGGCUCUUGUUUCCUGAGGUACUCCGAGAUGAGCAUGUCAUCGCUAUCGCCAAAGACCUCACUUUGCUAGAAGAGUUGUACGUUAGUGGUUUGGAGCUUAAUGAUGUUGUUCUCGAAAGCAUUGGGAGUCUGCCCAACACCCGGAAUGUGACCCUUUCGGGUAUUUCGAAGUUCACGCUCGACGGACUACUUGACUUUGUGUCUCGACUUGAAGCCGGUAAUCAGGGUAUACGUCUAACGAUCGAUAUGGCAGAUCCUGAAACUAUAUUGUCCGAUGAGGAGUUAUCUAUCGUGAGAGAUUGGCUUACGAAGAAGGCUGGUGGAACUUUGGAGUAUAUGGCAUGGAGAGAUCCGAAUAUUUCUGAGUACGAUUGGGAAUCAGAUUAA